GUGAGUCGAUUCCUGUCCGAGUGAAGGGCUUAUUGCUGCUCGCUUCACAUGUGUGAUGUGGAAUGUUGUUGAAUGUUUUGGGCAGGAACGGCCGGCUCGACCCCUGGAUUUGCCGCAGUGAAUAUAAUGAGCGUUUGUGGUUUUGUGUAGUCACAUCGUAGUCGUACAGCUGUUUAAGUUUGUGUCGGAGUGUCGCUACAUCAGGAGCUAAAAUGUCGGCGUCGGAAGGAGCCAAAAACACGAAUACGGAACCGUGGGGCGGUUUUGAUGACAACAUUAUGAUUCAGGGCAGUGCUUCGGCAGUUAUAGACAUGGAGAACAUGGACGACACGUCUGGCUCCAGCUUUGAGGACAUGGGAGAGAUGCACCAGCGUAUGAAGGAGGAGGAGGAGGUGGCAGCCGAGGCUGCAGCUACCGAGGAUGACGCCGGAGAAGAUGGAGAGUUCCUCGGCAUGAAGGGCCUUAAAGGCCAGUUAGGAAGACAAGUCGCUGAUGAGGUUUGGAAAGCAGGCAAGCGGCAGGCCUCCAAAGCCUUUAACCUGUACGCGAACAUCGACAUCCUCCGCCCUUACUUUGACGUUGAGCCUAUUCAAGUGAGGAACAGAUUAAUUGAAUCAAUGAUUCCACUCAGAAUGAUCAAUUUUCCACAGAAAAUUGCUGGGGAAUUGUAUGGACCAAUGAUGCUGGUGUUCACUCUGGUCGCCAUCCUGCUUCAUGGCAUGAAGACUUCUGGAACUGUUAUAAGAGAGGGCACUCUGAUGGGAACUGCCAUUGGGACAUGUUUUGGCUACUGGCUUGGAACAUCAUCCUUCAUCUAUUUCUUGGCUUACCUUUGCAAUUCUCAGAUCACCAUGCUCCAGAUGUUGUCUUUACUAGGUUAUGGUCUCUUUGGCCACUGCGUGGUCCUUUUCAUCACCUAUAAUGUCCAUUUUCACUCCCUGUUUUAUAUCCUAUGGCUGGCAAUAGGAGGACUUUCUACACUUCGGAUGGUGGCUGUGCUGAUUUCCCGUACUGUGGGUAAAACUCCUCGUCUCGUUUUGUGUGGCACACUGACGGCGCUCCACAUGCUUUUCCUGCUCUACCUGCAUUUCGCCUACCACAAGAUUGUUGAAGGUAUCUUGGACACCCUAGAAGGACCCAAUGUUCCCCCCAUUCAGAGAGUGGCCAGAGACGUCCCGAACGUGGUCACUGCUGUUGUGAAUUCCACAGUGAAAUCUGUGACUGCGAUCCUACACUCCCAGUAAUCACUUGUUCUGAUGUUUUUCACUUUGGACAAGGAAACUGGUUUGUGUGUAAAUGAACUGGGCACAGGAGAGUAACAAAGGGAGUUCAUAUCUAGCACCUCAGCUAAGGUGUCGAUUAACUAUGACAUGAUGACCGACAUAAGUUAUGGUCAUAUCGUGGCAUAAUUUGAUCUUGACCUGAAUAGUCUUCAACAAAAAAGUUUGCCAAAUCAUUCCCCAUCAUCACUGCACAUAAGUCAACUAGAAUAGUUCCCUAAGAUCAUCUGUUGGGCAAUAGGAACACUGGCUCCCAGUUGCUAUUAUUGGCAUUGGACAUAAUUAUAUGUAUAAAAUGACAACACUAAAACACUCACUGAUGUAAGUAACAAGAUUCAAGAUUAACUUUAUGGUCUCACAAAGUGAGAAAUUUGUUCUGGGCCAUUCACCCAUGCUACAGCCACAACACAGAACAUACAAUACACAUACAAAGACCUACAAAGGUGCCUAAAAGUGCAAGAAGCAUUGUGAAUUAAAAAAAUAAAAUUAAAAAAAGUAAUAAUAUAAAUAUAAAAAAUAACGUGCCCUGAACUUUGCCUCAUCUGAGUGAUGCAUCACCAUUUUCACAUUCAUUUAAAAAGUAUAAAGUAGAGGCAGGAACUUGGCCUUUAACACCAUCUCGUCUAAUAUUGGACCUUUUUCAAACUGUGAGACUUUUUGAGAAAUACUUUCAAAAUAAGGAGAUGCUAUUAUUGCAAAUAUGACUCUUGUUCGGACAAGGCUAUUUAUUACAAUAUUAAUUCUGUUGGAAAUAAAAAUCCUUGACCUUGCACCUUGAAUAGAUGUAACUUUUAAAUUUAAUUGGAUUAUACAUAUGCAGUUGUAAAUGAAUUGAGACAUUUAGUCGUUCUAGCUGAAGAUCCUGGAUAUUUGUAUAGUUUUUACAUGCAUAGUUUUCAUUUCUGGCUGACAAACCUCUCAUUUAUUUUAUAAAAACGGAUAUUUGGUUGAGGAUAAAUCUUCUAGAGAAUUCUAAAUCCACCAUGAAGUGAUAUCUUGAUAAAUCUACUUGUGCUUAUAUUGCAAAUUUAAUAUUCUGCAGAUCUUGGUGGUCCACUGAUAAUGAAAUCUGUAAAACUGUCUGGGGAUUUUUUUUUUUUAAAUACUUUUUAUUGGGUCAAAGAUAAUGUGUUGGUGGAAAAGAUUUUUACAUAUUGUUUUUAUGAACUUUGCAACUUUCUGCUUUUUCAAAAAUCCUAAAUUUGAUUAAUACUAGAGAUAUGGAACAUAACUAAGAAAGUGAGAAAUGCUAGAUUGUCACAAUGGCUUGCCACCAAAUUUAAGCUUUUUUUUUUUCUCCCCUCAAGCAGAAAUUUUUAUGGUCAGUUUUCUUAUUGUACUUUGGGCCUAAAUGAAUUUAGUAGGAGCAGUUUCUUAGUGCAGGUAUGCAGUGAUCAUGUAUUUAUGAAUUUCUUUGGAUAAAUUUUUUUUUUUAUAUCAGUUUUAUUUGAAUGGUCAUGUACUCACUCCUCCUUAGACUACCUGAAGGAACUGUGGGUGUGAGAUUAUGGAUUCACGUGUUCAUUAUUUUGUCUUUGAUGUGGUCUUUGUAUUUAUAGGGUUGUUGUACAGAAAUUUAGAAUAAAAAUGUAUUAAAAAAAUUUAAGUUCU